AAUAACAUGUCAUGAACAUAAUCUGCAGGAUAGGUUAUCCUCUUAUACUCUCUGACAGCACGGACAUUGGAAGAGCCAUUGCCAUUUCAUGUUUUCAGCAACACCAUGACGGUGCACAGAGCUCCUCCGCGCCGUCCCAGCGCCUGUAGACUAAGGUCCCCACUUGUCCCUCCAGGUGUUCACUCACAAGGGCAGUAACACUUCAUUCACCUGUCACUUGCACUGCUUCCAAAGGCACUGAUUUGCACUAAUCCCUAGCCAUAAGGACAGAUCCUCCAUGCCUGCGUUAAGUACCAACUACCCACGUGCUGUGCCCACAAUAUGAAUUCUCACCCUGCUUUUUCUGGAGCCAGGAUAUCAGGCUGUUGGGCUCUCAGACCAGAUGGAAGCAGUAACAGUGAAGGCUCACUGGACAGACUCCUUCCUGCAGUCGCCACAACUUUGUCUCCACGCAAACGGACAACAAGCCAGUGCAAAUCGGAGCCCCCACUUCUAAGAACCAAUAAGAGGACCAUUUACACUGCUGGGCGACCUCCGUGGUACAAUGAACAUGGCACCCAGUCCAAAGAAGCAUUUGUCAUUGGCCUGUGUGGCGGUAGUGCAUCUGGGAAGACGACGGUCGCCAGGAAGAUCAUUGAAGCCCUGGAUGUCCCCUGGGUUGUGCUCCUGUCCAUGGACUCCUUUUACAAGGUCCUCUCUGUGGAGGAGCAACAACUUGCUAAAAGCAACGACUACAAUUUUGACCAUCCUGACGCCUUUGAUAUUACCCUCUUGGUUCAUACCCUGCGGAAGCUUAAACAGGGCAAAAGUGUGAAGAUUCCCGUGUAUGAUUUUACAAUCCAUGGCAGACAAAAAGAAUGGAAAACAGUUUAUGGAGCCAGCGUAAUCAUAUUUGAAGGAAUAAUGUCAUUUGCUGAUAAAGAAUUAUUGAAACUUUUAGACAUGAAGAUAUUUGUUGACACAGACUCAGAUAUCCGUCUGGUUCGUCGCCUACGCAGAGACAUAACUGAGAGGGGCCGCGACAUUGAAGGUGUAAUCAAACAGUACAACAAGUUUGUGAAGCCUGCCUUUGAACAGUACAUCGAACCAACGAUGCGUCUUGCUGACAUUGUUGUCCCACGAGGUGGAGGAAAUAUGGUUGCCAUUGACCUUAUUGUACAGCAUGUUCACAGUCAACUAGAAGAGAGGAAGCUGCGCUGGGACAUGGCCGCCCUGGCUUCGGCACACCAGUCUCAGCCACUUCCUGAGACCCUGAGUGUUCUGGAGAGCACCCCUCAGGUCAGGGGGAUGCACACCAUUAUCAGAAACAAAGAGACGAGCCGUGAUGAGUUUAUCUUUUAUUCAAAGCGACUGAUGAGGUUGCUAAUAGAGCAUGCACUUUCUUUCUUGCCUUUUCAGAUCUGUACAGUUCAGACGUCCCAAGGGCAAGAUUAUGAUGGAAGAUCAUUUCAUGGGAAAAGAAUUACCGGUGUGUCCAUUCUAAGAGCAGGUGAGACAAUGGAGCCUGCCCUAAGAGCAGUAUGUAAGGAUGUAAGGAUUGGCAAGAUUCUCAUACAGACCAAUCAGGACACGGGAGAACCAGAGUUGCACUAUCUAAGGUUACCAAAGGAUAUCAGUGAAGACCACGUUAUUUUGAUGGAUUGUACCGUCUCGACUGGGGCAGCAGCAAUGAUGGCAGUCCGAGUUUUACUGGAUCAUGAUGUUCAGGAAGACAAGAUCUUUCUAGUGUCCUUACUGAUGGCAGAAAUGGGAGUGCACUCUGUUGCAUAUGCCUUUCCUCAAGUCAAAAUCAUCACCACUGCUGUGGAUAAGAAAGUCAAUGAUUUGUUUCACAUCAUUCCAGGAAUAGGUAAUUUUGGGGAUAGAUAUUUUGGAACAGAUGCUCCACCUGACUGGAGUGAUGAUGACCUGGAUGACCCGUGCUAUUAAGGACACAAGCGGACUUUGACGCUUUCAGGCAGCUAUCCAUACCAGUAACACACUGAAUAAAGACAUCCGGCCGGACAAAUGAAGACGGGUCAUCAUGUGAAAGCUUUAGUGAUCCAUGUGGAACUUUGUAAAUAUGUCCUUCAGAUGAAUGUCAGGAUUUUGCACAUGUAUAUUUAAUGUGUUUUAUUAUUUGAAAAAGUGCAGAUUUAACUAAAUGUAGCUAGAUCGUUUCUCAUGCCCCUGUCUCUUGUCACUCGGCUCCAUUUUCAGGUAAAGUUCUUUGUUAGAGGCAUCGGCAGUGGACACGACCUCAAGUGAGCUGUGUGGGCAGCGCAGGCCGCUACAGCGUGAAAUGAUGUCGUCUGAUGCAAUGUGUGCAGCUUAAGUGAAUAUUUAUACAGUAUAGCCAGAAAGAAAGCUUUUCAAUUCAUCAUUUGACGAAUAAUUCUUAAAAAAAUAUGCAUAUGCAAAAUAGCUUUUCUUUUGAAGAGGUUUUACCUUUAGAAUGCUUGUUACAAAGGAAGACAUUGUCUCUUUUAUUUUAGUAUCAAGUAUGUGUACAUACUGUACAGUAAAGGUGGAGGAGUUGCUGCAGAGACCAGCUUAUCGGAAAAGUGUGUGGGCGCAGUUACUUUAACCCUUCCCUUCUCUCAGUGGCCAGAAUUGUAAUGGCCAAGCAGCUCGUGUGCAAGCAGCAGCGCUCUUUACCACCGUGUGACUUUCAAUCUGCAGCGAGCAGAGCAGCAGUUUGGACGCACAGGCAGUUAAAACACACUCUUCAAGUAAAGCAGACAGUCUUGGUUUGCACUUUUUAUUUAUUUUUUUUUUUAAUAAUCUAUCAUGUAGAUGACUAAAUCAAACAAUGUGUGAAAGUAACUACGUGAUCCCUUUAUAAUGUUCUCAACUUUUUGUAAAUUUUAAGCAACCCUUUGUGAUCAUCCAUGGUUCAGGAAUCAGGGAGACGAUUGAGUAAAUGCUGAAGAGAUUCAGGUCUGCCAUGAGUCGUCGCCAGGCCAGAGCAGUGCCACUUGCGGAUCUCCUAAAGGACUUGUGCCGGCUGUUGUUUAAGCGCUGGUGACCUUUUGUGCUUUAGUUAGAAAAAGUGAAUGCAGGAAUUCUUGCUCUAAAAAGAACACGUUAGCAUGUUGUUAACCAAGUAGAAAUAAUGACUUUCAUUUAAAGUACAAUAUCACGCAGAAUCUUCAUACGUUCUGAAUGUAUAAUCGUCCCGUAAAUACGCCACUUUAUAUGGCACUAAUUUGAUGCAUAAAAAUGUAACCCCCACAUUCUGGAGGUGUACGGGUUAAUCGGAGGACAUUUUUAGUUUUUGUUCAGAACGAUAUAACACUGGAUUGUCGAUGCAGGCCCUUAAGUAAUGAACUUUCACACACCAUUCACGCUAACAGAUUUUAUCCCCUAAGGCCCCUAAGCACAUUUGUCUCAAGGCCAUUGCCAGUCAACUCAAACAGUUUCCAAAAGCUUUUACUUAUUUUUUUGUUGGCUUUAAAUUAUUUGUUUGCACAAAGCAAAAUGUCCAAAUCCUCUUUUACUUCUUGGCCAAUAGAUCCUCAAAGGCAGGCAGUACUGGUGACCAUAAUCAGAGCCGCCAUAAUAAUUCUGUGUACAUUUGAACUGAAUUAGCAUUAUAUUAAUUUUGUAUUGAACAUGGAUGGGUGACUUUGAAGGCUUCAGGGCCCCGUGAGUGUAUGUGGUACGUAAUCUGGCCAGGCUAAAACCGUGAGCUCAGGUAGACAUCUUUCUGAAUAAUCUGCCUCUCCACUCGUAACGCUCCACAUUUGCCAUGUGGGAUCGACAACAGAGUGUCUACUUGGAUGCAUAACUUUAAUUUCAAAGUUGGAGGAGAGUAUCAUCGUGUUCAUGCAGAACGUUUCACUCUCAUGUUCUGUGUGGCACCACUUGAUUGUGAAGACCGCAGCUCAUACUGUUUAGUGUAAUCUGCCCAAAUAUUACAUACAAAAAUACAAUAACCUGUCACAGCCUCCAGUGGGGCUAGCAUCGUGAUUGCUUCUUCUUCUUCUUUCAGCUGCUCCCAUUAGGGGUUGCCACAGCUGAUCAUCUUCUUCCGUAUCUUUCUGUCCUCUGCAUCUUGCUCCAUUACACCCAUCACCAGCAUGUUCUCUCUCACCACAUCUAUAAAUCUUCUCUUAGGCCUUCCUCUUUUCCUCUUGCCUGGCAGCUCUAUCCUUAGCAUCCUUCUCCCAAUAUACCCAGCAUCUCUCCUCUGCACAUGUCCAAACCAAUGCAAUCUCUCCUCUCUGACUUUGUCUCCCAACCGUUCAACUUGAGCUGACCCUCUAAUGUCCUCAUUUCUAAUCCUGUCCAUCCUCGUCACACCCAAUGCAAAUCUUAGCAUCUUUAACUCUGCUACCUCCAGCUCUGUCUCCUGCUUUCUGGUCAGUGCCACCGUCUCCAACCCAUAUAACAUAGCUGGUCUCACUACCGUCCUGUAGACCUUCCCUUUCACACUUGCUGAUAUGAUUGCUGUUGAAUAAAAAAAUGGAAAUAGUCAUCAGAUAUGAAUAGAAGGCAUUAAUCAAAACAUACCAGUUAGUAUACUGGUGGUGAGUCAAGUAGUUAUUGCUGUUAGGCUCAAAUCCUGAUGCUGCGUGGUGUUUGCUCAUGGCCUCUCCCUGUGUCAGCAGGGGGUUUCCUCUCCCAUCCUAAAGACACGCAGGUUAGCCUGAGUGGCAACUCGAAAGCGGCCUGUGUUGGCAGUGUGUGUGUCGAUUAGAAGUGCUGAUUAGGUUCCUCCUUCAUAAACAUCCAAUAAUUCACAACUAAAUACUGAAGUGGCAGUGACCCUGUUCUCCCCGUGCCUGUGUUUGUCACCUCCGACGGCCUAAAGACUGUGCACUGUGUGUUUGAAUGGCGUCACGUUCACUUAUGGCAGCUCGUCUUCUUUUGCUCCUGAAUGGGUUUGAAAAUUGAUGAAUG